UGUGUGUUGAAUGGUAUAGUUCCCACAGAUCCACCAGGUACCUUGGUUUGCCUUUGGGAAUUGGCAGGUCAAAGAAGGAAGUUUUUGACUACAUCUUAGAAGCUAUCAGAGGCAAGCUGCAAGGUUGGAAAACUAAGCUUCUAUCAUCAGCAGACAAAGAAGUGUUAGUUAAAUCUGUCCUUCAAGCCUUGCCUGUUUUCUCAAUGACCUGCUUUAAGCUUCCAGUUUCAAUCUGCAAAGAGAUUUCUAAGUUAUGUGCUAAAUUCUGGUGGAAGAAUGAGGACACCUCUGAUUCUGGCAUUCACUGGAGGAAAUGGGACAAGAUCACCCUUCCAAAACUUCUGGGAGGCUUGGGCUUUCAUGACAUAAGCCUAUUCAAUGAGGCUCUCACCUGUAAACAACUCUGGAGAGUUGCAACUAACCCGGAGCUGCUUGUGAGUAGGAUCUUAAAAGACAGAUAUUUCCCAAAUGAUUCAAUUCUAAGGGCUGAGAAGACCCAAAAAGGUUCAUGGUUUUGGAAUAGUUGGUUGCCUGUGCUCCCCCUUUUUUCUAAGUGCUUGAGAAUUGAAGUUAGGAAUGGCCUUUCUACCAGAAUAGAUGACCCCAACUGG